CUGUUAUGUAAAUAUAUGUAUAUAUCGUCUGAAGAGUAAAAAUAAUAUUUGACCUAAAACUAUGACUGGUCAAAAUAAAAAAACACAAUCUACUAGUCAACGUAAAAAUAUUUCCUCUCAAGGAGUAGCUGGAAGAAAUGUUACUUCCUCAGAGAAACGAAAUACAACCAAAAAUAUUCAUCCUAGUUCUGACAACUUUAAUAGAAAAAUCCCUGUUUCUUCAAGUCAAACUGAAGUAGAAGAAUUGAACCGGCAAAUUUUUGAAUUACAGUCUAAGAAUAACGAACUCUCUCAACAGAAUAAUAGACUCGAGCAAGAAACUGAACAAUUACGAUUCAAUAACGAUGAACUCACUAAACAGAAUAACUUUUUGCAAGUUCAAAUUGAAAAUUAUGAAUUUCUACAGUCAUUAGAUGUCGAUAAUGCUUCACAAAAUGAAAAUGUAUCUGAUGAUGGCACUCGACUGGCUAAACGACAAAUGAGAAAAAAAACAUCUGAUGAAGAAGAAAAAGCAAAGGUCUUAAUGAGGACACUUCUUAAAACUUUCCCUGAGCUUGAGCUUAAGGAAGGCGAGACCUUUAAAAGCGAAGCGAAUGUUAAAAUUUGUCAAGAGUUAAUACCUAAACUUCAAAAGGAAAUGAAAGUGUACAAUCCUACUUACGAGCAAUUGAAUACCUGGUUACAAUCUUUUCACAAAUCCAAAAGAAAUGCCUAUAAUAGAUCAAAUCAAUUAAAUCGAUCAAAUCCGACAUCAUUAAAUAAUGAAUUUGGUUAUUUACUAGAAGCAGAGUCUGAUGAUGCCAUUCGAUCAGCUAAACGGGAAACAAAAUCAAAAGGAAGAAAGUCAAAUAAUUUUUCUGAAGAUGAUGAUGAGUUAAAGAUUGAAGAAGGAGCAAAGUCCUUGAUGAAGGCACUUCUUAAAACGUAUCCAUAUGAAUUUAACCUUAAGGUUGAAGAUACUUUUAAAAGCCAAAUUAAUACUGAGAUUUGUGAUAGUUUAAUACCUAAGCUUCAAAGAGAAGUCAAAUCAGCGUACAAUCUUUCUUAUGAGCAAGUGGAGUCCUGGUUACAAACUUUUCACAGGUAUAAAAGGAAUACCUAUUUGAAACAAUUAAAUCUAUCUUCAUUAAAUAAUGAAGUCGAUAAUUCACAAGAAGCCGAUUCUGAUGGUAGUAUUCAAUCAGCUAAACGGCAAACAAAAUCAAAAGGAAGAAAUCCAAGUAAUUUAUCUGAAGAUGAAGAUGGAUUAAAGAUUGAAGAAGGAGCAAAGAUCUUAAUGAGAACACUUCUUAAAACGUUUCCAUCUGAGCUUAAUCUCAGGGGUGAUGAAACCUUUAAAAGCAAAACGAAUGUUGAAAUUUGUCAAAAGCUAAUACCUAGACUUAGAAAGGAAAUGAAGGCGUACAAUCCUAGUUACGAGCAAGUGGAAACCUGGUUACAAUCCAUUCACAGGUCCAAAAGAUAUGCCUAUUUAAAAUCAAAUCAAUUAAAUCAAUCAAAUCCAAUGUCAUUAGAUGAUGAAUUGGAUUAUUUACAAGAAGUAGAGUCUGAUGUUACCAAUCGACCAGCUGCUAUACGGCAAACAAAACCAAAAGAAAGAAAACCAAGUAAUGUUUCUGAAGAUGAAGAUGAAGAUGAGUUAAAGUAUGAAGAAGGUUCAAAGAUUGGUGAAGGUGCAAAGUCCUUAAUGAGGAGACUUCUUGAUAAAACUUAUACUCAGAAUAAGUACAAACUUAAGAUUGAAGAAACUUUUAAAAGCCAAGUGAAUACUGACAUUUGUGAAGUAUUAAUACCUAAGCUUCAAGAAGAUGUUAAGCCAGUGUACAAUCUUUCUUAUAAGCAAGUGGAAACCUGGUUACAAUCUAUUCACAAGUCCAAAAGAAAAACCUAUUUGAAAUCAAAUAGAAUGGAUAUCGAUGAAUAAUAAAUUGCCUAUACCAAAUAUUUAUUCCGGUCUUAAAUGGGAAUUUUCAAAUUAAUAAGAAAUGAUAUUUGUGCUCCUAUUUAUGUGUUACUUGGUAACGUCGCUGCUAGCAACGAUCAGACGUAAUGGUGAAUUUACUUAUAGGGUCAUGGAAAAGCUUCAUAUCUUAUAUAAAAUAUUUUUAAGAACCCUAAUAAACACUUUUGUAUAUAUUCCAUUUCAAAGUAAGCUAUACUAGCUAGAUAAUAAUUUUCUUAUUAAAAACUUACAUUUUGUUCAUUACUAACUUCAACGUUGAAAA